UCUGGAGGCUUUCUUCUCAGUGUUUCACCCUUUAGAACCUUAAUUUCGUUGCCCUAAACUAGAAAAGGACGUAUCGAAAGGCGUCAACACUGUUUGCAAUGGAAGCGUUUGAAGCCGAGUUGGCCAAAGCAACAAACCUUGGUAACGGGGACUUGCUGGGUGCUGUUGCUAUGGUCAUUGACAACAACGGAAACUUCUUAUACCGACAUGCUGCUGGACGCCAAUUACUUGAUACCGACUUGCCGCCCUUGGAUCCCGAUUGCACUAUAUCGCUCACCUCGGCAGGCAAGUUCAUCACUAAUAUCGCGGCCUUGCAAUUGGUUGAACGCGGUAUUUUGAUGCUCGACGAGCCGAUUAGCAAGCAUAUUCCUGAGAUUGAGAAAUGCCUGAUCGUCGAGGAAGUGGAUAAAGAAAUACGGCUACGCUCCCCAAUCCGCGGCGUCACACUGCGCACCCUACUUUUGAGCACGAGUGGUAUGGGCACCCCCGAUACGUACCGAGAACGGUUUGGCAGCCAGAAUAGAGUGCUGCCGCCAGACUUUCCCAAUGACGCCCACCCAUUAGUCAAGAAUCAAUUUACGCACCUCUUCUUUGAGCCCGGUGAGGGUUUUGAGUACGGAUGGGGUAUCUAUUGCGUGCAGCUACUCGUCGAGCGGCUUGGCGAUAAGGAUCGGUUCUUUCAGUACGUCGACCACCAUAUCUUUGGCGCGCUUGGCAUGACCGCUUCCACCUACCGGCCGGCUCUGGUGCCGCAUGUCUGGAAGCGCCGCCUGCAGAUGGUAGAGCGUAAGGUGGACACCUCCACGGCGGACGGCAUGGCCUGUCUGGUGGCCCGUGACAAGGAGACGUAUGGCCUGACCUGCAGUGUAUCCGAUCUUGCCCGGCUCUUUGGCGAUAUUAUGUCGCCGGAUUGCAAGCUGCUCCAGCGCCAAGAACACCGUGAUUUGUUUUUCACGCCGCAGUUGACGCCCGGUAGCCAUGCGCACCUGUCGCUGCUGGCCGAAACCACCAACUAUGGCUUCCUGCUCCCUCUCAAACAGGACGUGUCCCAUAAGGUAUCAUGGGCGUUAACACCACCUCCGGUCAUAAACUGGACCGCGGCGGGCGCACUUGUUGAAGAGGACGGUACCCUCCCAGGCUCAGGGAUCCCCAAAGGGACUGUCGCAUUUGAAGGGCAGCCCAAUAUCAUCUGGACCAUGAACCGCGAAAAAGGGCGCAUGAUGCUUUUUGGGCACCCAGUUGCUGCCCGGCUAUGAUGUGAAAGCACAUAAUCUUGCGGUUCGGUUUUUAUAUGACGCUUGGAAGACGUUUGGCUAGUUGACAUGGAGUAUAAGGGAUCAGAAUGUGCUCUCCGACGCACGGAGUGUCAGUUAAUACUUAGAGAACCUGGGCCUGAGCCUUAAAUGACACUACCUAGAAUACUGUAGUAUUCCACACGGAAAGUUAUAAUAGUAUAAAGAUAUAAUAUACUGUAAAGCUAUAUAUGCGUUUAGGUUAG